AUGGGAACUCGCAGCCUGAUCUGUAUCUUCUACAAGGGCCGCUUCAUGGUCGCCCAGUACACGCAGUUCGACGGCUACCUUGAAGGACAGGGCUGGUCAAUCCUCAAAUUUCUGGUCGUACACGGAAAUAUCGAUCGUCUCAAAGCUGGUAUGGAAUUUGUUAGCAUUAUUGACAGGGAACGUCUCACACAACUGGUCAGUGGGCAUGGGUACACGACCUCUGACCACUCUGGACAAAUGGUCUGCGAGUGCGGUGCUCCUCAGCCCUUCUCUGGUCCUGGGACAUGCGUCCCACCUUCGUUGAGCCGUAUGACUGGUGCAAAUAUUCUCAAUAUGAUUGCAUCUGCCAGCGACCAGAGCUAUCUACCGGUCACUCUUGGUUUGGAAUUUGUCAACGAUGGUCUCUUCUGCGAAUUCGCCUACUGUGUUGACCUCGAUGCGGACGUCUUUGAAAUUUUUGCCGGGUGUGUGGAGAAGCCAAAGAAAACCAGCAGCAAUGAUACCAGUAAAGAAGAGCUGCUGAUCGGUCAGUGUCGCUUCCUAGAAGUCGGCGCAGAGACUGACACUGUUCCAAAACUCCUCAUGUCUUAUCCUUUUGAUCACCUCCCUGGGAAUUUGAAUGAUAUGGUGAAUCAGGUAACGACGAAAAAUCCCGAUAUGUUCAUCAAGGAUGACGAGGACGAGCCUAAGAGUCCGACUAAGAAAGAUGAAGAGGAUGAAAAGAGUGGAGAAGUUAAAGAUAGCGAAGAAAAGCAUGAUGAAACGGAAACUACUUCGUGA